CGGCGGGCUAGCACUGACGUGUCUCUCCAUCAGCCCGCCGAGUCCCGGAGCAGGCUGGGCCGCGGGCCGCGUCGCCUCACCCGGAGCGGAGCGAGCCGCCGCCGCCAUGGCGAUCAAGUUCCUGGAAGUCAUCAAGCCCUUCUGUGUCAUUCUGCCGGAGAUCCAGAAGCCGGAGAGGAAGAUUCAGUUCAAGGAGAAAGUGCUGUGGACCGCUAUCACCCUCUUUAUUUUCUUAGUAUGCUGCCAGAUUCCCCUAUUUGGUAUCAUGUCUUCAGAUUCAGCUGACCCUUUCUAUUGGAUGAGAGUGAUUCUAGCCUCUAACAGAGGCACACUGAUGGAGCUGGGUAUCUCUCCCAUUGUGACCUCUGGCCUUAUCAUGCAACUCUUGGCUGGCGCCAAGAUAAUUGAAGUUGGUGACACUCCAAAAGACCGAGCUCUCUUCAACGGAGCCCAAAAGUUGUUUGGCAUGAUCAUUACUAUUGGCCAGUCUAUCGUGUAUGUGAUGACAGGAAUGUAUGGGGACCCUUCUGAAAUGGGUGCUGGAAUCUGCCUGUUAAUCACCAUUCAGCUCUUUGUUGCUGGCUUGAUUGUCCUGCUUUUGGAUGAACUCCUGCAGAAGGGGUACGGCUUGGGCUCUGGGAUCUCCCUCUUCAUUGCAACUAACAUCUGUGAGACCAUUGUGUGGAAGGCUCUCAGCCCCACCACUGUCAACACGGGCCGAGGAAUGGAGUUUGAAGGCGCCAUCAUCGCACUGUUCCACCUGCUGGCCACACGCACCGACAAAGUCCGAGCCCUCCGAGAGGCAUUUUACCGCCAGAACCUCCCCAACCUCAUGAACCUCAUCGCCACCAUCUUUGUCUUUGCAGUGGUCAUCUAUUUCCAGGGCUUCCGAGUGGACCUGCCAAUCAAGUCAGCCCGUUACCGAGGCCAGUACAACACCUACCCCAUCAAGCUCUUCUACACUUCCAACAUCCCCAUCAUCCUGCAGUCUGCCCUGGUGUCCAAUCUGUAUGUCAUCUCCCAGAUGCUGUCAGCUCGCUUCAGUGGCAACCUGCUGGUCAGCCUGCUGGGCACCUGGUCUGACACUUCUUCUGGGGGCCCAGCACGUGCUUAUCCAGUUGGUGGCCUUUGCUAUUACCUGUCCCCUCCAGAGUCUUUUGGUUCCGUGUUAGAAGACCCUGUCCAUGCAGUUGUGUACAUAGUGUUCAUGCUGGGCUCAUGUGCAUUCUUCUCCAAAACAUGGAUUGAGGUCUCAGGUUCCUCUGCCAAAGAUGUUGCAAAGCAGCUGAAGGAACAGCAGAUGGUGAUGAGAGGCCACCGAGAGACUUCCAUGGUCCAUGAGCUCAAUCGGUACAUCCCCACAGCCGCUGCCUUUGGAGGACUUUGCAUCGGGGCCCUCUCAGUCCUGGCUGACUUCCUGGGUGCCAUCGGGUCUGGAACCGGGAUCCUGCUUGCAGUCACAAUCAUCUACCAGUACUUUGAAAUCUUCGUCAAGGAACAGAGCGAGGUCGGCAGCAUGGGGGCCCUUCUGUUCUGAGCCCGUCUCCCAUGAGCCAGGGAGAGGACAUGUGCUCCGGAACUGCCUAGGAGGGGAGCUCUGGUCUCAGGAGAGUGCUGCUGUGGCAUAUGGACUUUUGUUUAAUAAUGUUUUUGAGUUUCAUAUUCUUUCAUUCCACUGUGUAAAGUGCUAGUCAUUUUUCAAUUUGAAAUUUUGCUUUUUAUUCUGGCAUUGGCAAAAAGAACUGUAGAAGUGAAGUUUUAUCCAGCUGACUGCCAGGGAGGUGAGAAUGCUGAAUUAUUGUCCCCGCAUGUCCAUACACCUUUUCUCAUAAUCUUUGUACCUUCUCGGUGCCAUAUGCGGCUACAGUGGUCUCAGUCAUUUCCCCACAAAGGGAAUUUCUUACUCUGGUUGGAAGCACAAACUUUGAAAUGUCUGCGUUUCGUUUGGGCAGUAAGGGGUGAAGCUGGAAGCAGAUUAUCUGUUUUCUGGGGACAUGGGACCUUACUAGCGUGUCUCCUUCACAAUCAGGGUGGGAAUAUCUGGCUUCAGACUGUUUCUCUGUAAGACACCACUGUUCUCCCCUCUAAAAGUCAUUUUUUUAGGACAGCACUUCUUCCAAAAGAGAGGGAUGAAUUUCCCAGAAGACACUGGGCCAUCUGUUUAUUUUCCUGCAUGCACCUGUUGGCUCUUCUCGCUGACUGUCCUAGUUGGGCUUUGAGUCCACUGACUCUGCUGUCUCUGGUUUAGUCAGCUUGUGUCCUCUGGCCACACAAGGUCAGAGUCACCAUCUUUAUGAAGUUGAGCCUGGGCAAGCUAGGUAGACACUUGUGUGAAGGACCCUUGCAAGGACAUCGGUCUCUGUCCAAAUUCUGCCAGCUGUCACUGGACCUGUCUCCUCAUGGCUGCACUCGGUCCUCCCACUCCCCUAGAAAGGGGAGACCCUGUGGUGGCAGUCAGACAGAGAGAAAGCGACUUUGUGUUCACACACAAGCCACUUCCACCUUCUAGGCAGAAAACCUCCCACUCGUAUUUUUAGAAUUUUUUAUUGUGCUUAGGACCAAAUGCAAGUAAGUCAAUGACGAGAAGCCACCAGUCUCCUCUCCUCAGCCCUCACCAGCAGGGCCAGCAGAGAGGCGAGCUCAGGCUCAAGGUCAGCAGUGAAGUCAGGUUCAGGGAGCUAGGUUAUUUUUGGUAAGCUGCUCCAGUGUUUAUUAUAAAGAGACUCACGAUUAUGUCUAAAAUCAGUUCUGUUUGUAACAACAGGUGACCCAGAUCUUGGGAUUAGAUCCCUUUCUAAGGCCUUUAAGGAGGCCGUCUCCAAAGACAGGUGCUGCCUGUCAGCGAUGGCAGUAGGGUUGGGGACUGAGACCCUGAGGGAACUGGAGGUUCUCAGUUGACCUUUAGACACUGGUAGGACAAAGCUGUUCUUGCAGGACGACUCCCCAAUUCUAAGAAGGGAGCACGGGGGGUGAGUGCAGCCCUGCAGGAAGAGUCACAGCACCAGCAGCAGGCACAGAGGCCUUUGAAGCAUAGAGCCACUGUCGCGAUGCAGUAGAGGUGGCAAACUGUACCUGAGUCAGGGUGGGAUUUCCCAGGAGACCUCACUGGCAGUGCUAACCAGGAAACAGAUCAACCGAGAGACAGGAAGCAACUUGCUUGAAGCACCCAGCAAGUUGGCAGCAGAACCAGGAUGGGCCCCAGGUCCCUCGACCCCCAGUCGAGGGCUUACCACCAUAUCACACGUGGCCUUGUCUCAACCCAGUCCUGAGCUGUGGGAGACCCUGUGAGACCUGACGCCCUCCCACCUCCGAUUCUCCCACUGUCCCUGUCCUCUCUGUCACUGCUACAGAGCGGUAGGUCUCUGCUAGCACACCCCUGGGACCGCUACAGCCUCUGGGAGGCGAGCACAGUCCUCAAGCUCAUGGGCUGUGGGGCUGGAGAGUGCCAGGCCUCAGCAGGAACCCCGCCGUCCUGCCUGCAGCCUCUGACCAUCCGGCUGGGCCCUGUGUGGCCCAGGUUCACACCCCGUGGUCAGUGGUCAAAGUGGGUGAUGGGUGGGGCUGACCCUGGCUUGCAGGGGACUGUCACUGUGGAUGCCAAAGUGGCAUCACUGAGAUAAGGUGAAUGAGUGACAAAUAAAUCUGGUUUCUCACA